GGAGCAUGGGAGCGUGGGAGUUUUGUGGUGGCCUCCGCCUCCUUUGUAGCGUCUCGGCUGGGCGUGGCUUCAUGCUGCUUCUGCCGGGUUGGGCGAGGCUGUCAGUGCUCCCGGGCUGGUGAGUGGCCGCUUCAAGGCUGUUUUGGAGAAAGAAGCCUUCACCUCAGAUUCUCAAAGGAGCUUGAAGGUUCCGAGGAGCCUGAGGGUGGAGUGGAAAGGCCUGGCAGCGGAGUUGGAGACUCUCUGCUCGAAGUGUUGUCCCAACGUAGGGACUUGAAGGAGCCCUUCGUUUCCCCAGAUGGCGUCCACGCUCCCCACAUCCGAUGAGCAGGGACCACUGCUCUUUGAAGAUCUGGAUGUGUAUUUUUCUCAAGAGGAAUGUGUGAGUCUGCACUCUUCCCAGAAGACCCUCAGCAGAGAAGCCCCGUUGGAGUCUUUUGAGGAUUUGAACUUGACAGGGGAAGACCGGACUGAGACCAGUCAGAAGUUAAGCCUAGAGCCUCUAGAACUUGAAGAGCUGUCCCUAGAAACGUACUCCACUGCUGUACCCCUUGUCCGCUACUUAGAGCAGCCUGAGGAGGAUGUUGAAGUACAUGAAAGGAAAAUGUCAGGCGGAACUUUGACUUGCAAGACCAAGCUUGUAAACCUCUUGGUUACUAUUGACAACCAAACUCCAUUAGAAGAGUUAUCUCAGUGUUUAGGAGUCAAAACACUUUCAGAUAUUAUUGAAGUUCCCUGGGAAGAAGCCAAAAAUGUGUUCCAGUGUCCUGACUGUGACCAAAGCUUCAGUGAUAAUACAUACCUUGUUUUGCAUCAGAAAAUUCAUUCAAGAGAGAGAAAGUAUAAAUGUGGUACCUGUGAGAAGACCUUCAGUCACCGAACCAACCUGAAGACACACAGGCGAAUCCACACCGGAGAGAAGCCUUACAAGUGUACCGAGUGUGCUGCCAGCUUCCGACAGCAGUCACACCUGACCCGGCACAUGAAUAGCCAUUUAAAGGAGAAACCAUACACAUGUAGUGUAUGUGGGAGAGGUUUUAUGUGGCUCCCCGGAUUGGCAGAACAUCAGAAGAGUCAUACUGAUACGGAGUCUUACGAGAGUGCUGACCAUGAUCAGGAAACAAGUCUGGCUUUGCCUGAAGAAAGAGGCUCUUCAGACACACCAUCCCAGCACGCACAGUGUGUGGGGACCUCGGAGCAGCCCUCAGAGCCUGCUCUCCCCGACAAAGACAACCAUAAGGAGAAUGCUAAACACUGCAGCAUCGAUGAUGAAGACUUCUUUUCCUUCUCCAGAUUCAAACCCUUACAGUGUCUUGAUUGUGACAUGACUUUUCCUUGUUUCUCGGAGCUUGUCUCUCACCAAACCAUCCACGACAUGGAGAAAACUCAUAAGUGCAAAACAUGUGCAAAGACCUUUGCUUUAGAGUCCGACCUCGCGAGUCACGAGAAGAGCCACAGAAGAGAGGAGCCCUUUAAAUGUACAGUGUGUGGGAAGAGCUUCAGAGUAAACGUGCAGCUCAUCGCUCAUAAACGAACCCAUAGGAGAAACAGCAAGUAAAUACAGGCUUUUGCUACUGUU